UUUGUGACCACAACUGUCAGUUAGGAAGGAAGAAAAGAUGAGGGGCUAGGGUAAGUGAGCGCAUGAGUGCCUGCAUGGUGAAGGUGGUGGGGGGCUUCUUGCUGCUGGUUUUUGUUGUUUGAGGAGCGAGAGAGGCAGGAUUGUAGGAUAAUACAGGGGUAAAAAAAACAACUAUUGAAAUGUUUUAAAUUUAUUUUAUGAAAAUCUUUUUGUUUGUUUAGUUUUUCGCCUGUGGAUUCCAAGCAGGAGAGUGGAAAUAAUUGAUAAAAAUCCAGUUUCAGAGAUCUUCACAGACUGUUGUGGGGAAGUGUGAGUUGAGAAAUUGCCCCUGAGUCUUCUGACCCACUGACCCUGUGUCAGCGUCUGGCUGAUUGCAGGAAGGAGGAGUAUUUUACAUCUAUCAGAGAGGCUCCUGGACUGGUAAUGUCACCUGACCGCCUGCCUUCCAUUGGUUCAUCUGGGACUAAAUCAACAGCCAAGCCAACCCCCUCCUCUCCAGGUCUCCGGCACCCCCACCAGUCCAGUCGCAGAAAGCGUAACAGGCAGCAGAAGACUUCUUUCUCCUCUGACACUCACCCUCAUCCAGGACCCUCAUCCAUCCUCCUCUCAGACGCCACCAUGACUCCUUGGGGAGGGCUGGCUCUAUCUGAGUCCUCCUUUAACUCAAUUCCCAAAAUACUUACUCCACGACCCUCUCCACCUCCACCCCCAGCCUCUCCUGUUCCCGAGCAAAUACCGUCAGCUACCCCAUAUCAUGGCAGGAGACAGGAAGAAGACAAAGACAGCUCAGGCUCAAGUUUUAACUCUCAAAUUCCAUCUCCACCUGUGGCAGUCAUGCAAAACAGCGCAGGUGGAGCAGCUAAAGAUUUGCAGUUGAGGCGGAGGGUGUUGCCUCAGUGUCGGCUUCCUCGUGCCCCCCGUCUCCCACCGCUUAACCAGGUCACUGACCUCAGUUUCUCUCGGAGCUUCACUUUCUCCUUCUUCGAGCUGCCGCUGCACCAGUCUCCUCGCUGGCGUGCCGAGCGCGUCAAAAACCUCUUAUUGCUUUUGAAACAGAUACACUAUUGAAGACGCAGAGCUGCGUGUUCCUACUGAUAGUUCAGAUCUGCCUUUCUUGAGUAUAUUAUUGUAUUAGUAAAAUGUUUAUUUUCAAAGUAAGAGUGAUGGGUGAGGGAUUUUUUUUGGCACAAUAGGAUAAGAAAAUAAGACUGCAUGUUAUUCUAUUCGAUCUGUGUUCAUUGCUUUUCGAGAGCUGGAUUUUCUUUGUUUGAUGUUUUCAAAUUUAUUUUAAAAAAUAGUUUCUAAGGGUGUGAGUUCAUUACUCUGGUUUUCGGCUCCACAGCGAUUUACUAAUUUUCCUGUUUUAGAUAUAUAUAUAUGUAUAUUUAUGAAAUAAAAACAACUUUACUAUCACUCUAGUUGCUCUGUUUUAUCAGCUUUCUCUGUUUUAAUGGCUUCUGUUUCAUACAGAUAGACAU